GACACAUACCUAGUCUCCGGGGAACGUGCUGCCACGCAACGGCUGGUGUUGUGUGGGAUGGAGUGUAGCACCUACUGCAGCUAUGGACGGCCUCGAUCAUGCAUGGAAUUAGUCUCCGCAGGCAUCACGGCCGUCUUCUUGCUGCAAGGCGCGGCCGGCUUCGCAGGACAUGCCAGCACUGGACGCUCCGCAACGGGCCGCACCACCUCCGCUGCUGUGCCGUUCAGCAACCAGCAGCACAGUUGGCAAGGUUCCCGGCUAGCAGGGAGGGCUGGGUUCCGCAGCAGCAUCAAGAGGCGCAGGUUUGGUCAGGCUGGCCUGCUGCUUCGUUGUUCCGGCGGUCUGCCUGCUGCUGCUGCUGCUGCUGCUGCUGCUGCUGUGAAAGACGACGGAUCAGCAGGAUCUGACGAGGCCGGAGUUGCCGCCGCCAUUGCGUUUGACGACGUCGUGAGCGGUGGGGAGCCGGUUACCUCGGCGGCGGCGGCAGCAGCAGCAGCAGCAGCAGCAGCAGCAGCAGCAGCAGGGGGGGUUAGCGCCGAUGUGGGGUCUGAAGCUGCUGGCAGCAUCAACCAACAGCUGCUGCUGCGGGACCGGGAUGUUCCUCUUGCAGAGAAAGGAAGCGCUAGCACGGCGGACGCGAGGGGGGAAGGCAGCGAUAGCAGCAGCAGAAAUCCAGGUUCCCUGUUCGUCAUCAUGGGGCUCUGCUUUCUGGUGGCGGUCGUGUGCGCCCUGGACAGGGUCGCCAUGUCGGUGGCGAUCGUGCCCAUGGGAAACGUCUACGACUACUCCGACACGACCAAGGGGCUGAUCAGCAGCGUGUUUUCGUGGGGGUACAUGGCGUCCAUGGUGCCCUCGAGCGUGCUGAUCGGAGUUUGGGGGCCGAAGGCAACUAUAACAGCCGGUGUGCUCGUUUGGUCGGCCGCUCAAAUGCUGUCCCCCACGGCGGCCGGGGUAUCCCUGGAAACCUUGCUCGCGUGCCGCUUCCUCAUGGGGGUAGGGGAAGCCGUCACCAUGCCAUCAAUCCAGGCGAUCGUGGCCGAGAGGGUUCCGCAAGAUCAGAGAAGUCGCUGGCUGGCCCUCAUCAUAAGCGGGCUACAGAUCGGCACGGUGCUAGCGUAUUGGGGCUCGCCUGUGAUCGUGGAUACGUGGGACUGGCAGGCGAUGUUCCUGGCCUACGGAGCGCUCGGCCUUGCCUGGGUAGCGCUUUGGCUGCCCCUGGUCUCCGACAAGCCCAGCAGCCCUGCCUCCGCGGCGGAUGACGCCGAGACCCCAGACGCCUCCGCAACAAUAGCGAACGCUGGAAGAAUACGAUCGGGCAGGGACGCCGGUGACGGUAUUGUUCCCUCGGCGACGCCGCCACCGGCGCCGGCGCUAGCAGGGGCUGGUGAGAAGACCGCUGUAGGCAUCGGAAGCGCGAAUGGCGGCAGCGGUGGAGCACUGCCGGUCGAGACUGUGGCACUAGAGGGGGAGGAGGGGGGGGGCGCAGCUGCUGGCGAGGGGGGGGGAGGGGUGUUAGAGGGGUUCCGUGCUGUGCCGUGGAAGGAGUACGUGACGAACGGGCAGAUCUGGUCGAUUGCGGCGGCGCAUAUGGCUCACAACUGGGGGCUGUACGUGCUGCUCGCUUGGUUGCCGACCUAUUUCGUCCAGGAGUUCAACCUCACGCUCGAGCAAAGCUCAGGAGCGAGCGUCCUUCCGUGGGUGGUGGGUGCCGUGGCUGGCAACAUGGCGGGGAGCGGGGCAGACUUGCUGGUAAAGAAGGGCAUGCUCGAAGUGAAAUGGGUUCGAAAGCUCUUCCAGACCGUCGCGCUCGUGGGUCCGGCGGUUUGCAUGCUUCUGCUUGCGCAGGGGCCGGAAACCUCUGCGGAGGCUUCUAAGCUGUUCACCGCCGCGGUCGCGCUGGGCUCGUGCUCGUGCGCGGGUUUCGGGUCUUCGGUGCAAGACUUGCGAUCGCGGGACACCGGCGUGAUCUACGGCAUGACCUCGGCGGCAUCGGCCGUUUGGGGCAGCGUGGGCACCUACGGGGCUGGGGUUAUCCUCGACACGACGGACUCGUGGACUAUGGUCUUUCAGUCCUGCGCGGCGGUGUACCUGAUCGGGGCUGGGGUGUACGCCGCCUUCUACAGGGCGGAGCCCCUGGAUGUGGAGGGCAGGGGCGCGCUGGUGUUGUAGCAGUAGCAGCGCCUGCGCACGACGUCUUGAGGAGAGGCGGUCGUGCUAGAGCAAGUGACGUGCAGUUUGGGCGGAUUCCCCUUGUUCGGCGUUUGUAGAUUGGCGACGCCUUGAAGCCGGUUGAAUUAGAGAACGUGGCGUGUAUUGUUGGACAGUAGCCUUCGCAGGAUUUUCUAUUUAUAAAACAUGUUGGAUAAAGCAUGAAUUCGGCGAAGUUGGGUUUGGGUUGUAGGGUAACUUAGGGUCUGCGUACCCCGUCCACGUUCAAUGUCCUUAUAAACUCAUUUUCUUUCGAAGGCGGUCCAAUGUUUGGACGGAAUCUCCACUGUAUUUGAGUUUGUAGACGGGACCACACGAGAACAACGGGGUAAAUCGUAUGAUAGGCAUGUUAGGACGAAGUUGACCACUCCCAGAUCGAUACCUCUGCUUGUAUUGAGUUGGACGCUCGUGUGUGUUUGUGCGGUUGCAGCAGCAUUGGCUGGCAUGAUCGCAUUGGCUGGCAUGAUCGUUGCUGGCCCUUAGGACGAUUGUUGCAUGGUACAAAUGUUGCUGUAGGUUACCAAGGCCAAGGCACCAGACGUUGGUGCUUCCCAAAGUUUCUAUAGAGAGAGGGAGGGAGGGAGGGAGGGAGAGGGAGAGAGAAGGGUUUGAAAUAGCGUGCAGGUUGGGACGACAUUUUUUCACAUUUUGGAGGGGUGGGGUGUUUGCGUGGAAGUGGAUGAAAACUGUGUUGAGAAGCAGGCCUGUGGCACGAAGUCGUCGUCUCGGGCCGAUCAACCCCCACAACAGAAUCGAAUGUUAACGUUGUCGCCUGUGCAGCACGGAAGCGCCAGGUGGCGGUCGUGGUGGGCGGUUGCGGUUUGUUGCAGCAAUUUCACCACUAUCAUAUUUCAGUAGAGGAGUCGGUAACCACCAGCGCAAAGCUGCGUCAAGAGAGUACGUUGGACAAUGCUCUACUGUCUAUAUUUGGAGCUAUGGUGUAGUGGUUUGAAGCCGCGCAAGGAAUAGCGUCGCUGAUUGCCCCCCCUCCCCUCUCUCUCUGUCUCAAGUACAACACGAAGCCGAUUUUGAUAACUGUUGAUGUUUUUUGUGGCUCUUCGUGGUGCAGGCAAACCGGACAAAAGAAAAACGUUAGACGUUGUGGAAAGCAUUGGAAGGUGCGUUAGUUCUGAAAGAUGUUAAGUCGCCCUGGGUUACACUUUCGCACAAGCGACGUUGUUUUUUAACACAACAGGGAAGGGUUGUGGGAGCGUGGCCCCACACAGUAGUCUACGAGUCAGCGCUCGUCGCCCGGGCCUACCAAAGGUUGCGUAGGAUAUCACACCCCCUGGACCGAUUUUCGAAGCUCGGAAGGAAAAGCAGUGACGGGGCCGAAAAUUGGUUGUGUUGGAGCCGUCGCGUCAAGAGCUUUCCGAAAACAUGUAUUUAAUUUCGGCAACCUCUCCGUGGAGUAAUCGAGCUUUGUUAGUGGGUCCAGGGGUGUGUGAUAUCUUGUGCAACCUGCGGUAUACACGGGUGCAGAUAAGAGAGACCGGUUUCGUGAAAUGAGGGAUUUUGGUCCUCGAGAUGAUGCUACCCUUCAUGAAGGAGAUCCCGACCUUUUAGUUUUGACCUUGG